GAUAAUGAUGGAGGGAUGACUACACAGCUGCCCAGCACCAUCACGUCAUUUGUGCAAACUGGUUUGAGGCCAGGCGAAGAAUAUACAGUGAACCUGGUGGCGCUCCGGGACCAAGGUCGAAGCCAGCCAGUCACAGCUACUGUCACAACACUAAUCGAUGGUCCCACUCAGCUGAUUGUGCGUGACGUGUCGGACACAGUGGCAUUUGUGGAGUGGACGCCACCGAGGGCAAAGAUUGAUCAGAUUGUGUUGCGUUACGGCCUCGUGGGAGGAGAAGGGCCACGGACCACCUUCCGCCUCCAGCCCACACUUAGCCAGUACUCUCUGCAGGUCCUGCGUCCUGGCUCGCGUUACGAGGUGACAGUGAGCGGCGUGAGAAGAGGAAACGAGAGCGGAUCCAUUUCCACUGAAUUUACUACCGAGAUUGAUGCCCCCAAGAACUUGCGUCUCGUUUCCAAGACCUCUACCACGCUUGAGCUUGAAUGGGAUAACAGUGAAGCUGAGGUAGGAA